AUGACGGCCCCACCCGACUACGGCUUGAUGGCCUCGGGCCUCGAUUUUGACAAGAGCCUCUCUCAGCUCAAGGUUGAUCUCGCGCUGCCCUCGCCGGCAGACGCCCACGCCACCGCCUACGACCUCGACUCAAUCGCCGCCUUUCAAAAGGCCGCAAACUACCUCGCUCUCGCCCAAAUCUACCUCCUCAACAACGCCCUCGCCCAGCAGCCCCUCGACUACCAGCGCGACGUCAAAAAGCGCCUCCUCGGCCACUGGGGCACCUGCCCGGGGCUCAUCUUCGCCUACACCCACAUCACCGCCCUCAUCUCGCGCAGCCAGGCCCCCCAACCCGCCGCCGGCACCGCCGCCACGCACGACAACGACGGCGACGCCGAUCGCAGGCGCUUCCUCUUCGUGACAGGCCCCGGUCACGGAGCUCCCGCCAUCCUUUCCACCCUCUACCUCGAAGGAUCCAUCUCGCGCUUCUACCCAGACGAGAGCCUCACCCACCAGGGCCUGGAGCGCUUUGUCAAAAACUUCAGCUGGCCCAACACCGUUCGCCCCAGCCACGUAACCGCCACCACCCCGGGCGCCAUCCACGAAGGCGGAGAGCUCGGCUACGCCCUCGCCGUCGCAUACGGCAGUGUGCAGGACCUGCCCGACCUCAUCACGGUCGCCGUCAUCGGUGAUGGAGAGGCAGAGACUGGACCCACCGCCGCCGCGUGGCACGCCCACAAGUUCAUCGAUCCGGCAGAGUCUGGCGCGGUCUUGCCCAUCCUCCACCUCAACCGCUUCAAGAUCUCGGAGAAGACCAUCUUUGGCAGCAUGGACGAGGCCGAGCUGGUCACCCUCUUCUCCGGCUACGGCUACCAGGUCCGCGUUGUCGACUACUACCGCCACCUCGGCAACGAGCACACCCAGCCCGGCGAUGAACGCGCCCGCUCCGUCGACAUCGACAUGGCGGUCAGUAUCGACUGGGCCUAUGCCGAGAUUCGCAAGAUCCAGGCUGCCGCCAGGAACGGCGAGCCCAUCCGCAAGCCUCGCUGGCCGAUGAUUAUCCUCUCGACUCCCAAAGGCUGGGGCUGCCCGCAGACCGUCGACGGCUCCAAGGUCGAGGGCAGCUUCCGCAGCCAUCAGAUCCCCAUCAAGGUCCAGCCCGAGGGAAACGACGAGCACCUGCAGCUCCUCCAGGACUGGCUCCUGUCGUACUCGCCGAGCAAGUGGUUCACCACCAACGGCCAGGGCGGCCUGUCCAUCGACCCGCUCGUCACGCGAAUUCUGCCCAGGGACGACCGUCUAAAGAUGGGCCAGCUCGACGAGAUCUACACCCGAUCGGCGGGCCUCGACGACGUCGGCACCGCCGCCUUCAUGGCCAAGGCGGGCAAGGACGAGUCGAGCGGCAAGAUGUCGCAGGCCUCGGCGAUGGUCGCUUGCGGCGACUACCUCGCGGCCCUGAUGCCACAGAACAAGAGCAACCUGCGCAUCUUCAGCCCGGACGAGCUCGCCUCGAACCAUCUCGACGCCACGCUUAAGACCGACGAGUUCAAGGAGCGUAACUUCCAGGCCGACGCAGACGCCCUGCUCACCGCCGAAGACAGGAGGAGCGGAAAGAGGAGUGGCAGGGUCGUCGAGAUGCUGAGCGAGCACACGCUCCAGGGCUUCUCCCAAGGCUAUGCGCUGACCGGUCGCAUCCCGCUCUUCCCAAGCUACGAGAGCUUCCUCGGAAUCGUCGCCACCAUGAUCGAGCAGUACGCCAAGUUCCUCAAGGUCAGCAAGGAGACCGACUUUCGCGCGCCCGUGCCGUCGAUCACCUACAUCGAGACCUCGACUCUGUGGCGACAGGAGCACAACGGCUACUCGCACCAGAACCCGGGCCUCAUCAACACGGUGCUCAACCUGCCCCACAACGUGGCUCGCGUCUAUCUUCCGCCCGACGCCAAUUGUGCCCUGUCGACGCUGAGCCACUGCCUCAACAGCCGCGAGUACGUCAACCUCAUCGUUGGCUCAAAGCACGAGACGCCCGUCUACCUGUCCGCCGACGAAGCCAAUGCCCACUGCAAGGCGGGCGCGUCCGUCUGGCCGGCCUAUUCGACCGACGCCGGAGAGGAUCCCGACAUCGUCCUCGUCGGCAUCGGUACCGAGCCGACGGCCGAGGUGAUCGCCGCGUCUCGGCUGCUCCGCGAAGACCCCAAGUCUGCGCUGCGCGUGCGUGUCGUCAACGUGACCGACCUCAUGAUCCUCGCGGAGGCCUCGAUCCACCCUCAUGCCCUCACCGAUGACGACUUCGAAAGACUCUUCACCAAGGACCGACCACUGGUGAUCUCGUUUCACGGCUACACCUCGGCCAUAAAGGGCCUCCUCUCGGACCGCCUCUCAUCCCUGACCGGUCGUCGCCCGACCGCGUACCUCGGCUACGUCGAGGAAGGCACCACCACCACGCCCUGGAGCAUGCUCCGUCUCAAUCACAUUGACCGCUUCACGGUCGCCUGCCGCGCGCUCGAGCUGGUCGCCCACGAGGCUGAACAGGCCAAGGCACGUGGAGCAGAGCCGAGGGCGCACAUCGACGAGCUCAUCCGCAGCGGACGCCUCGAGGACCGCGGAAAGGCGUUCCAGCAGACUCGCACGCAGUUCACGGAGUACGUCGAGAAGCAUGGUCAGGAUCCCCAAGAGGUCAGCCAGCCGUAG